AGUAAAUCUCCAUCCCUCACAGGUACUUGCUCUUUUCUUCGAAUACGAUAGUGAAGUUCAUGCUUGCCAUCCGGCACGAACCCGCAAUGCCAUCGAACAUCCCAGCGACACCGGCACCACCCAAAGUUGAAGGCUCCAAUCGGUCCGCAUCUCCAGACCGCAAGUCUUCUCCACCUAUCGUUCAGACACAUUUGCAUCGCGCAUCGGACAUACUAAAAGACAAUGCAUUGGCUCAUACUUUGACAACAUUCAUCAACGAGGGAUAUGCGACUUCCUCGCUCUAUCCAAGCACACGCUGGGACCAUCAGCCCGUCCGUUUCCAUACACCGACCGACAUCCACGACAUGCUCGGCACUGAUGGCAUGAUUGCUGCGAUAUAUCACAUCUCACGCGAGGGUGGUCAAACGGAACCAGUCGCAGUAGCGAGCAUUUCGCGCUGGCACGGGGAUAUGGAUGGCGUUGGCGCACAGGAUGAGGAUGGGUGGGAGAUCAAGGCUGUGACUACGAAGAGCGGUUGGGGCAAAAUGGGUUUGGUAGGACGAUGUAUCGAGACAAUAACACAGGAUUUGAUAGCGCAAGAGCAGAGUCAUGGAGAGGAGAAGGUAAAGCUUUGGUUGCAUGCAGUAGAAGAAGUGAACGGAGACUAUUGGCGCAGAAGAGGAUGGAAUGAUGUCAGAGGGUUCAAUCGACCGGAAGGCUAUUGGGGGAGUAAGUUUGGCUUUCGGCUCAGUGUUUUGUUGAAAGAGGUUGAUGUGCAUUGAAACCGGUACGGCAAGGUGACUUUGAAAC